UUUUCUCCGUCAUCUCUAUUAUGUAGUCUUCUCUAUCUCUCUAUAUCUCCUUCCUUCACGGAUUCAUCGGAUCUCAGCUCCUCUAUAACUGCAAACUUAUACUGAACUCUCUCAGCCAUGAAUCCCGAAUAUGAUUAUUUGUUCAAGCUGUUGUUGAUUGGAGAUUCUGGUGUUGGAAAGUCGUGUCUUCUUUUGAGAUUUGCUGAUGAUUCAUACCUAGACAGUUACAUCAGUACCAUUGGAGUUGAUUUUAAAAUCCGCACAGUAGAGCAUGAAGGAAAGAGUAUUAAACUUCAAAUCUGGGACACGGCUGGACAGGAACGUUUUAGGACAAUCACUAGUAGCUACUAUCGCGGAGCACAUGGUAUUAUUGUGGUUUAUGAUGUGACGGAACAAGAAAGUUUCAACAAUGUCAAACAGUGGUUGAGUGAAAUUGAUAGAUAUGCGAAUGAAAACGUGAACAAACUUCUCGUGGGUAACAAAUGUGAUCUCGAGGAAAAUAGGGAAGUUUCUUAUGAUGCAGGCAAGGCAUUUGCUGAUGAAUUGGGUAUACCAUUCAUGGAGACUAGUGCAAAAGAUUCUACAAAUGUUGAACAGGCUUUCUUGGCAAUGUCUACUUCAAUUAAAAAUAGAAUGGCAAGCCAACCAGCCACUAAUAAUGGGAAGCCUCCAACGGUUAAUAUGCGUGGGCAGCCUGUCGCACAGAGCAGUGGCUGCUGCUCUUCCUAGUGAAGUAAACACGACUUUAUUCCAUCUGUGUUGUCAUCCUAAGAUUUGUAUUUCUUCUCUUGUUACUUACCUUUUUUUAGCGUCUAGAACUACUACUACUUUUCUUAUUAUUGUUUUUUUUUA